AUGUGGAGAGACCUGUUAAUCUCUGCGCACUUGUACGUUGCAACCGCGUCCGCAAUUGUUGUUCCAAGGAGCCAUGUCGUCCAUGAGGAACGUAGCCAGACUGCCGGACGAUGGGUCAAGAGAGAUCGUGUGACCACCGAUGCUACGCUCUCAGUACGCAUUGGACUUGCUCAGAGCAAUCUUGAGCAAGGCCAUGACUUUUUGAUGGACGUCUCCGAUCCUAGUUCUCCGAACUACGGCAGACACUGGACAUCCGAAGAAGUCAUCGAUAUGUUCCGGCCAAGUGAUGAGACAAUCGAGACCGUCUCCCAAUGGCUGCAAGAUGGGGGUAUUUUCAACGAAUCAAUCACCCAAUCCGACAACAAAGGCUGGCUCGCCUUCCCGGCCACUGCAAAACAGAUUGAAAGGCUGCUCUACACCGAGUACCAUGAAUACGAAGACCUCAAAACAGGUGGCGUUCAAGCGGCGUGCGACCGCUAUCAUGUGCCUGCGUACAUUGGACAGCACAUCGACUACAUAACCCCAGGGAUCAAGCUGAUGGCACCCAGCGACAUCGUCACGGAAGAAACGUCGCGGGAUUUGCAGAAGCGUUAUGGGCCGGAAAGUGACGUCCAGCCGUUACGCCCGAGACGUAGACACUGGAGACCUCACUGGCCUCACUGGCAGCCGCGCCCCAGCUCAAAGGAUGAUUUGAGGCACUGUGAUGUCGAGAUCACGCCAGCUUGUAUAGCCGCGCUGUACGAAAUCUCACCGAAUGUUGGCGAGGUGCACGAAAGCAACUCGCUGGGCAUUUACGAGGCGGGGCUUAACUACUGGGACCAGCUGGAUCUGGAUUUAUUCUUCACAAACUUUACACGGAUUCCUAACGGCACGCACCCGAUCGAUGAAAACAUCGACGGCGGUGUAGCUAGGACAACUAACAUUUCGGCGGCGGGAGUAGAAGGCACGCUUGACCUCGAGUCCGCUUAUCCAAUCGUCUACCCGCAGACUAUCACCGUAUUCAACGUCGAUGACCUGGUCUAUCAGUCCAACCCAUACGUUUCGCUCGCUAGCGGCAACACUUUUCUCGACGCUAUCGAUGGGUCGUACUGCACUUACAGCGCGUACGGAGAGACUGGAGAUGCGCCCGGUUUCGACCCGACCUAUCCAGACCCCGCCCCUGGCGGCUACAAAGGCCGUCUGCAGUGCGGUGUUUACAAGCCUACAAACGUCAUCUCUAUCUCGUACAGCGGAUACGAAGUGGACGUGCCGAUUGCGUACCAGAAGCGCCAAUGUAACGAGUAUCUGAAGCUAGGCUUGCAAGGUGUCUCGUUCUUGAUAGCCUCCGGCGACUCUGGCAUUGGUAACUACCCUAGCCCGUACGGCUACGAUGGACCAACUGGCUGUCUUGGACCCAACAACAACAUCUUCAAUCCAGGCUUUCCUAUUAACUGUCCGUAUGCGACGGCGGUUGGCGCGACCAAGGUCUACCCUGGCCAUACCGUGUUCGAGCCUGAAAGCGCCGCUUAUGAUCCGGCUCUUUCAGACAUGCAAACAAACUUCAGCUCGGGAGGGGGAUUCUCGAACGUCUACCCCAUCCCCUCGUACCAGAAGAAUGCUGUUGCAUCCUACUUCGCGCAUCAUGACCCAGGCCUUCCGUACUACAGCUCCAUCGCUACCGAUGCCCUUCUUCCCGUUCUGCCUAACGUGACGGCACUAGCGGGUAAUACGGGCGGCAUAUACAACCGCAUCGGUCGCGGAUUUCCAGAUGUGGCCGCCAAUGGCGACAACAUUGCUACAUAUACAGGGGGCUCCUUUGGACUGCAAGGUGGCACUUCAGCUAGCACUCCCAUCUUCGCUGCUAUCGUGACCCGUAUCAAUGAGGAACGUCUCCGUGUUGGCAAGCGUCCUGUCGGCUUCCUGAACCCCGCCCUCUAUGCAAAUCCGUGGGUCCUGAACGAUAUCACCAAUGGUACCAACAAGGCAUGUCUAGGCCAGGGCUUUGAGGCUGUUCAAGGUUGGGAUCCUGUUACUGGUCUUGGAACACCUUCGUUUCCGCGAAUGUUGGAGCUGUUCUUGAGUUUGCCAUGA